CUCAGAAUCUAGAGAGGUCCCUGUGCCAGAUGGUAGGGGCACAGCGCUUAUCUUCAGGUGAAAGCAGUUCUGACUCUGCCUUCGAGAAAUAUGCAUGGGUACCCCCUGGACUAAACCCUGAGCAGAUGUCUUCCCGAGGACAAGGUCCCGUAUGUGCUGAGUAAAGGAGAAAGAUACAGACUGAGGCAACUUCUCUGCCAACUACCCCCACAUGACUGUGAGGUAAAGACAAUGGAUGAGGGUUGAGCUAUGCUUUCAUCUUAUCUUUUGCUUGUUUCUUGAAUCUUGGUACCAACAUUUAUAGUGUUGUGGCAGAUUUUAGUGAGGGGGACAGGGUGGUCAUCCAUGCUCCUGAAAUUUUGGGAGCAUAGAGAUACCAACAAAGUGAAUCUAAGGUGUUUUUUUCGGUUAGAUGUCCAACUUGGACCUUUUGUGGACCAUCCAUUAUUUUGAGAUUCUGUUGGCCAUACAUGCUUUUGAGAGUCUGUGAGGCCUAGAGAUGCCUGUAAAGUGGAACUGAAGGUGCUUUUUUGGGUUGACAUCCAAUUUAGACUUUUUGUAGGCCAUCCAUGUUUUUGCGAUUCUGGGAGGCUUACAGGUGCCAGUAGAGUGUUUCUGAAGUGGCUUUUGGGGGUUAAUGUCCAACUUGGACCUUCUGUGGGCAAUCCAUUCUUUUGAGAUUCCAUUGACCAUCCAUGCUCUUGAGAUUCUGGGAUGCCUAGAUAUACAAGUAAAGCUCAUUUGAAUGGGGCUUUUUGUGUUGACAUUCAACUUAGACCUUUUGUAGUCCAUCUAUGCUCUUAAAAUUCUGAGAGGCUUAGAGAUGCCAGUAGAGUGUAUUUGAAGGGGAUUUUUGGGAUUGAUGUCCAACUUGGACUUUUUGUAGUCCAUCCAUGCUCUUGAAAUUAUGUUGGCCAUCCAUGCUCAUGAGAUUCUCAGAGGUGUAGAACUCCCAGUAAAGUGGAUCUGAAGGUGCUUUUUUGGGGGUUGAUGCCUAACUUGGAUCUUUUGUGGGCCUUGUGUACUGACACAAAAUUCUCCAAAUUGUAAUGUAGUUCAGGUUGUUUCUUGGUUGUGGUUGGACAUGUAGGCAGUUGGCCAUAGCACAAGAGGUAGCAAGAAGAACGUGACUUAUCUUCUCCCUCCCUUCUUUGAGCUCUGCACAUGAAGGCUUAUUUGAUACUACAAUGCAUGAAGUCACUAACUUUAGUUCUUUGCUAGCUAGAUCUAUUAGCAGGACACUCUAUAGAAGCCCAAAUAAAUUAUAGUCAUGCUAGUUAUCAUCUGCCAUGAGUCCCAGUGUUUCCCAUUUUAGCCCAUGAUAGAGAUUCCUUACUCCCGCCUUAGACUAUAGCUCUAAUCUUGACCAAGUUCUCUAUACUUGGCUCCUUUCUUCUUUCUCUUUGUAUUACUGUUUGCAUGGUUCUGUGGCAGACCCAGUGCUGCUGUUUGUUCUAUGUUAGGCCCAGUACCGCUGUUAGUUGUAAGCCGGACCUGUCCCAGGCCCGGUACUGCUGCUCUUUGCAGGGAGAGGAAGAAGAAGAGUUGCUUAUUCUCUUCGCCCAGAAACGGAAACUUGAGAAUUUGGGUCGUGGGUCUGUACGUCCUGUCUCCAGAACAAUGAGUGGUACAGUCUGCCAGAAGUGUGGACAACAGAUCAGUGGGGGCGAUAUGGCGGUAUUUGCCUCCAGAGCAGGACUUGGCUCUUGCUGGCAUCCUCAGUGUUUCACCUGUACCAAGUGCUCAGAGCUUCUCUGCGACCUCAUAUACUUUUACCAUGGAGGACAAGUCUACUGUGGCCGGCACCAUGCUGAGCUUCAGCGACCACGAUGCUUGGCCUGUGAUGAGAUCAUCUUCUCGGUGGAGUGCACACAGGCCGAGGGUCACCACUGGCACACCAGGCACUUCUGCUGCUUUGAGUGUGAAUGUUCUCUUGUAAGUCAGCGCUAUAUAAUGAAAGAUAAGCGGUCGUAUUGUUCCCCCUGCUACGAGAGACUCUACGCACAGUACUGUGACAGCUGCGGGGAGAUCAUAGGUAUAGAUGAAGGACAGCUAUCACAUGGUGGGCAGCACUGGCAUGCAUCUGAACGCUGCUUCUGUUGUGGAAGGUGCGGGUCGUCUCUUCUGGGCAGGCCAUUCCUACCUCGCCAUGGGCAAAUUUAUUGCUCCAGGGCAUGCAGUCUACCACGGACAAGCAGCGAGCGCUCCAUAAGCCCAGCUCAGUCAGAUGUAUCUCCACGCAAGGAAACAAGAGAUAUCGGAACAUCUACCAACACAGAGCCAGAGGGAGAACAUUUUGAAGAAAGACGUAUGGGAGGAGAACCAAGAAGAGCUGUGUCUAUGAUAGAUCAGUGUGGGACACCCCAGCAAUGCAACUCAUAUGUGACUCCAAUAAGGUCCAUACAUUCCAGCCUGAGAGGAGCGCCACGCGAAUUCUCCCGGGAGUGUUCCCAAAGACGCUCUCUGCCUGACCUCAGGAAUCAGAAUCGAACGGGCCCUCGGGUCACCUUUAAAAUUCCUCUUAGCACUGAACUGAAGGAACCCAUGCGUUUUACCUAUCCGUCGUUCUCUUCCACCUCUUCUUCAUCUUCUGAUGAUGAGGUAGAUGGCUACUUUCUAGGAGAACCCAUUCCUUUGCCUACUUUUAUGAGGCCUCCAGGGCAUCCUGCUCCUCCCAAUCCUACCCCAAAAUCAAAGAAGAAAGACAAGAAUUGCAACCUCUCUUGAACUAUAUCUAGCUUGGCUACUCGGAGGCUGGUAAAUGUCACCUUCAACACUCAAGGACUUCACUAGACCUUAUGGGUUCCAGAACUGUGUACCUGGGAACUGGUAUUUAUUAGGGUGCUAUUAUGAUUGACAUUGGGGCGAUCUGUGUAUUCGCUGUGCAGGUGGAAGAGGUUCUGAGAAAGUACAAUCUCUUUCUCAGUUGUCAUAUCCUAUGUAAUGGAGCUCUAAUCCCUAGUUCCUCGGAUAAACAUCACAGCUUUCCUAAAUGUAUCUUCUAAAGGGAUGACCUACUCAAAAAAAAAAAAAAUUAAUCACUUAAUAUAACCUUAGAACAAACUUUAUUUUUGCAAUUCCUCAUCAUUUUCAAAAUCUCUGCUUGCUCUCACUGAUUUGGAAUAGCUUGUUUAUAUCUAGAGGCUGAAGACCUUUACAGACCUACUACGGUCUCACACAGAAGGAUUUGCUGUAAGUGUAGGCAAUCGCCUGUGAGCUUUGUUAUGGCGGCACUCCAUGUCUGCCACCGUCCUACUAUCUGGGGUGGGCAGAGGGGCUGCAUCACUCACUUACCCCCUGCAUGACCCUCCAACAGCAGGGUAAGGUCCCUCCCCAGGCUGCACAGUCUCUUCUUGUCUCCCGUAGAUGUGUGCACUUCCAUGGUCUUAAAGGGCCAGUACACAUCUACGCCAAUCUCUGCCAGCCAAUGGCUGGACACCUGUGGGUACUUAAGAUGCCUUUCUCAAGGAAGAGCAGCCUGAGCUUUAGCUGUUCUAGCUUGCUAGUCUUAGUGAAGGUGUGCUGUUUGUCUGCCAGUAUACUGAACUCUGCCUGUUUACCCACUCUGAACCUCCGCUGCCUGCCCUGACUUUUUCCUGUUUAUCGUAUUGACCCUCAGCUGCCUGAACUGACCUUGGACUUGUUUUACGAAUACACAUGAACUCUGCCUGCCCUGACCCCGGCCUGUUUCCUAACUAUGCGUAUUGCCUGUUUCCACCUGCUUCGCACUAGGGUUGUUGCGAUACCAAAAUUUUGAUUCGAUUUCGAUACCAUCAAAAAGUAUUGUGAUGCUCUAUACCAUUCGAUACCACGUGGAAAAAAUAAAACACGAAAAAAGCAGCGU